AUGAUGCCUUUAACUGGAUUCGAGAACUUUCGGCAUGGACGCGACAGAAGUCUCUUCCAGUUCCAGAUUCAUGUGACACUCCUCACACAAUCAUUACGAGAAAUGCAUCCGAACAUGGAGCAGAUGGUCGUAGAAUCGCGUGAAACAUUGGCUGAACCCCAAUGUUGUGGCCAGCGACAUGGAAAAAUCCAUGAGGUUACCGGACAUAAAUUCACUGCAACGCUGUUUCAUCAGCCGACCUUCUGCUCUCACUGCAAAGAAUUUAUCUUCGGAUUUGGAAAACAAGGUUAUCAGUGCAAAAAGUGCAAGGUAGCCGUACAUAAGCGAUGUCACAAGGAUGUGAUGUGGGGAUGUCCUCAUAAUAAGGAGGAUAACGUGAGAGAAGAGAUCGAAGCGGAAGAUUGUGAGAAUCACACAAAUCAAUUCAACGUCGAUGCACCACAUCAUUUCUCUGCUCGAACAUUCCAUCGUCCAACGUUUUGUAAUCAUUGCGGUUCGUUGCUCUACGGGCUGAAAAAACAAGGUCUUCAGUGCUCCGAUUGCAAUGUAACCGUUCAUAAGCGAUGUCAACUGAAUGUCGCCAAUAUUUGCGGCCUCGACACGAAACAGGCGGCCACUGAGAUAUCACGUCUUCAACCUGGAUUCUCCGAGAUCAUAAACACAUCUUCGGCGAACUUCUCUACGCUUUGCUUACCGUAA